AUGGCCCAGUGGCUGUGGCAUCCAUCCAAUCCUCACCGCUCGCACACCAGAGAGCAUAGCAAUACGCGCCGCCCGCCUCCUCUUUUGCCCCCGAGCCCGCCUCUCCGCCUCUCCGCCGCGACGCCUGCCCAGCUCCCAGCCUGCGCAGCUGCGUGGCACAGCAUCAUGGCCAACACCAGGCUGCACGCCGCGACUUGGCCUGAUGCCGAUGCUCCCACCCGACUCGCCGUCAUGCCCAUCGCCCUCGGACAUGAACCCUUCCGCAGCGCGCAGGGUGCUGAGAAGCGGAUUCAUCAGCUGUGUUAUCUCUGCGGCGCAUGA